CUCACCGAUUUUGUCCACAACGCAUACGAGCAUGUAAGAUGGCUGGUCCUUCAUCGCUCAAAGCUAGGAAGCCUUCCAAGGUGGUGAAGCCAAAGAAAAGCAAGCUUCGCUCGACUGCAACGACGAAACAUCAUCGCUUCCAGUCUUUCUCGGAGCGCAUAACGAAAUUGAAAAUAGAUCCAGUCCGACGCAGACGGCAUGCGGAGAAUCACGACGAACUAACCGAUGACACGGCAUCGUACUUCGGACGGUCACUGCAAGAAUGGAAGGACCUGAAUCUAUCCGCGGCGUUCACGGCUUUCGCUCGAGAGGUAGCACCUUUUAGCGAUAACCUGGCUAUGAUCCUCCAUCACGAUCAGAAGAUUAUGCAGCUUCUGGUGACUUACAUCCAGCGAGGUGACAGUUUGGCUAUGGAGCCGCUGUUGAGUCUCCUUGCGCAUUUUGCUCACGACCUGGAUGCUCGCUUUGAGCAGCACUUUCAAGCAGCUAUCUCCACCGUAGCCGCUGUCGCAUCCAAACAUACAGAUCCGGCGGUCAUAGAAUGGAGCUUUACCUGCCUUGCCUGGCUGUUCAAGUACCUGUCGCGGCUUCUCGUCCCGGACUUGCGACCUUUGUACGAUUUAAUGUCGCCAUACCUGGGCAGAGAACCACAGAAGCCUUUCAUAAUCCGUUUCGCCGCAGAGUCGUUUAGCUUCCUGCUCCGGAAAGCAGCUGCUAGUUACGAAAGGGAUUCUAAGCCUCUUGAUCGUAUCGUAGUCCACAUCCUGCAGGAUUACUCGACUACGCAAUAUGAACGCUCGGCGGAGCUGCACCGCCAAGGCAUCAUGACCUUGCUCACAGAGUCUGUGAAGAGUGUUCAAAGUGGUCUGCAUUCCAAUGGCUUGGCGAUACUCGCAUGUCUGUUAAGCACAUGUCACGCUACGUCUGCACUGAGCAAGGCCGUGGUCACCGACCUAAUGACAGGCGUACUGACAAGCCUCAUCCAUCACACGGACUCUGAAUCGUUCCAACCGGCCUUGCAACUGGUCACUGCUCACAUUCAAUCGCAAACGCCUGAGGACGAAGCUUCUCUUCUGUUCGCGAGUGACAUACUUUUCGCUACCGUAGCCGUAAGGAAAGGGACUAGAAUCGUUGACUGGUCGCUUGUUUCUGCGACGGUAAGGGAGCUUUUCGAAAGAGCCGAAAACUUCCCCAGCACUGGCAGAAAUGUUCGUGCAAAACUGCUAGCUCUUCUGAGCAUUGUCCUCAUGACAGCAACAAUGCACGCAGUAUUGCCGUUGCUGCCUUUGUUGGAGACGGCUCAAAAGGAUCGAUGGACGGAGCUCUUUCCCCGGUUUUGCGAUAUGUGUACUAGGCUUAACCGAGACAGAUUCCAACAUUUUGUUCUCCCGGCCCUUUGCAAAUACAUGGCGACAGAAUGGCAGUGUCAUACGGACGAGCUGCUGCUCUUGCUGCCAACCUUCCCUGCCGGACUUUCAGCAGACAAGCCGUUGGUACCAAUGGAAAUGCAGGUAGCCCUGACUGAGCGAGUGGAGCAUACUGCAAGUAAAGAAUGGGACAUGAUCAAUCUGCCUACCACGAACGCAGCUUUACAAGCCUUAAAGCUUACGAAGCUACGGGAAGACAACGAGCAGAAGGUAGCCUCAGCGCUGGUCCGGAUGUUGCAGUGCGCCGUGACCGACGCCGCCAACGCACCUCCGGAGUGGUCCGGUUUUGCUCUAGGCGUGGCCCUUGACUUUCUUCUUGACUGCAGAAUUGAUAGCUAUGUGCUUUCCAGUCUGUGGUCUUCCCUUUGCGAGGCGAGUGCACAUCUUUGGUCGCUACCCGCGUACUGGAAGAGCAUGCUUCGCUUUGCUAAGCAGCUUAAGCCAACACUACACGACGACGACCAUGUGCAAGUGCUCAAGGAGUCGCUCACAAACGCACUUCAGCUGCCUUCCCAUGACGUCAGACAAUAUAGCCUGGAGCUCGCAGGCGCUCUCUACGAUCUUGAGGGUUGCCCCGUUCCUGACGUUCUUUCCACGGCCAUCGCCAUCGAAUCGACACCCAUCAGUCUCGAUACCAGUCGUGGGAUUUCACUGAACAUCCGUCUCCUCGCUUCUGGAUUACAUGCCGUUUCACCAGGUGCAUGGAUAGCCAAGGCCAUUGUAACGUAUUGCUUUGGCCUCCUGCACGUUCGCUUAGCUCAAGCUUGGGAGGAUGCGAUAAAAACGCUUCUUGAGAUCUGCAAAGUUCACUCCACUUGCGAGGGGACCGUCAUGGCGCUUGCUCAAACGUGGUUAGAGAUGCCAUCGACGCCAUGCGACGAACAACUUGCAAAUACCCGGGUUUUGCAUGCAGACUCCGACGGCUUCCAAGUGGUGUCAGACUUCGAGUGCUCUAAUCUGGCAAGGAUGUCUGCAGUGACGCAGCAGGUCUUCGAGGCAUCACAUGCGGGAUAUCUUUCGCCGCAACACCAACUAUGCCUUCUCACCAAGCGUGCGUCACUUGCGACUCCGGAUUCACGCAGCCAAGCGCUGCGAGUCCUGCAAGCAAUGCCAUACUUAGCCGAGAAACGCUCCCGGGCACUGGUGCCGGUCCUGUUGAGCUGGGCUGCCGGUCACAGUGCGGGAGAAACAAGCGAGCGGUGGAAUCGCAAGGAUCAGAAGGCUCUGCUGGCAGUCUUUGCGCAGUUCACCAACCCCAAGGCACUGUACAGAGCACCAGAGGUCCACCAAGCACUACUUCAGCUAUGCGCGAAUGGUGAUGUGGAGAUCCAGCGUUCCGCGCUCAAGGCUAUACUCACGUGGAAAGAUACCGCUGUUGCGCGGUAUGAAGAGCAUCUUACCAAUCUUUUGGACGAUGCUCGGUUCAGAGAAGAGAUGGCCACCUUUCUGCAAGGCGCCAACGAAGAGGGCGCAAUAUCCGCCGAGGACUAUGAGCGCCUCACGCCCGUGCUGUUGCGCCUGCUCUAUGGUAGAGCGGUCGCGGGCGGCAAGCACGGCCAAGAGUCUAGAAGGAAAGCUGUCUUCUCUGCCAUAUCGCGCUUUGGCCACACAAGUCUUGAGCUUUUUGUCGACAUUGCAAUAACGCCUGUUACGACGCCAGGUACGACCUUUCCGCAGGCUCCUUUACGGCAGCAGCUCGGCAUGCUGAACAUGCUGAGUGACCUCUUGGAAACUAUCGGUGCCGGAAUCAUCUCACUGGCUGCGAAGAUACUGAAUGCGGUUGUGCCCUCUACGGUGAAUGCAUCAAAGGAGCUCGAUGUACAAUUGACAGAUAAUGAACGAGAAGACGUAUCGUUGCUCCGCGCAGUCCGGCAAAGUGGCAUUCACUGCCUUGUGCAGCUAUACGGUUACAUGCCCGAGCUUGCUGUCAACUGUAGUGAAGCAGCAGCCAUCAUUCUGGAUGAGCUCGUGGCACCGCGCCUACCUAAAUUUGCAACGGAAAACAGCCAAUCCGUGUCCGGUCUAUUACGGCUAUUCAGCGCCUGGGCCGCAUCGCCUCAAAGCGCGCAACUUCUCGCGGGUCCAAACCUGCUUGCCAGGCUUGCAGAGCUACUUCGUGAGCCCGCAGUCAAAACCGAAGUGUGCGUAUUCGUACUGCGGGAUAUUGUAGGACACCUCCUGCAGGACACCGUUGAACCGAGCAUUCUAGCGCCUCACGUGUCCGAUCUUGUUAAGAGUAUUGGAGUAGUACUGGGUAGCGCACUUGAAAGAGAUCUUCUGGACGCCUCUGUUGCUGUACUAAUCAGGCUGGCGGACAGAAUAAACGAUAAAGGUCAAGCUCAGGAAGUGAUCGAUGUCUGUUGCGCGCUCCUCACCAAAACCACUAAGCUUGUAUCCCCUGGUAUCAAAGCUGGCCUUCUCCGGACAUUGAUGCCUCUACUGGAGUCCUCGAACAACACGCCAGAUAUCAAGCUCUUUGCAGCGGUGUCCGGACUGUUGUCCCGUUUUAGCGACGCUGCCAGCCGCUCCCUCGUUCUUGAGGUCUUGAGCAAGUUAUGCCUUGUUGAUCCGAAGCUACAGAUGAGUACCGAGAUCUGCGCCGACCUUAACGCUCAGAGCGUACGCCUAGACAACGCAGACUAUGAGAGACGUGAGAGAGGCUUUACGAACGUAUUGAAAAAUUGGCAAUCUCUCACCCCACACCAGUGGCUGCCGGUUGUGCACACUUGCCUGUUCUAUAUUAGAGACGCCGAAGACCUCGUCAACCGAGCGAGCGCAGCUCAAGCCCUCACAUUAUUCGUUGACGCCGCGGCUGCAUCGAAAGCUGGCGAAACGCAGGCGUUCCAUGCACUGGCUCAAGAUCCACUGGUGCGAGGCAUCCAGUUCGGCAUGCAGCAGCAGUCGGAAGUUGUUCGCGCGGAAUAUGUACGGUUGUUGGGCCAUGUUACCGCCAAACUGCCGAACCUGCCAGCCGUCUCCGACUUGGCCCACCUGGUGCCCGACGGCGAUGGCGAAGCUUCAUUCUUCUCGGGCGUAUUGCACAUUCAGCACCAUCCUCGACUUCUAGCGCUAGAUCGACUUGCAUCCGCUGCACCGCAUAUCAGCUCGAGCAAUACCACCAAGCUGUUCUUGCCUUUGCUCGAGCACUUCAUAUUCGACCAGGCGGAAGGUGACCGGGCACGUAACCUUGCUGACAGGACCAUCACCACAAUACGCGCGCUUGCCGCUUCUCUGACUUGGCCCGUCUACCGAUCGACCUUCAAGCGAUACAUUAGCUAUGUCAGCUCAAAGGAAGGCUUGGAGAAGACGGUAUUGCGGCUGCUGGGAGCUCUGGUCGACGCAUUGGCAUCCAAGCCACCCCAAGCGGCAAACUCUGACGAAAACAUUGCUUCUGGUAAGGCGCAAACUGUCAUGCGGGACUUCCUGCCGCCCCUUCAACAGUAUCUACAUCGGAAGGAUGAGUCUACUGUGGACCGCCGAAUGCCGGUUGCUGUCACUAUCGUCAAGCUUUUGCUGCUAUUGCCGGAAGAUGAAAUGGCUUCUCGUCUGCCAGCCAUCUUGACCGAUGUGGCCCACGUGCUUCGUAGCCGGCGCCAAGAAGCACGAGAUGAGACGAGGAAGACUCUGGCUUCGAUAUUAGCUCUGAUCGGACCACAGUAUCUUGGCUUUAUGCUGAAAGAACUCAGUAGCGCAUUGCGAAGUGGCUACCAACUCCAUGUCUUGUCGUACACGGUCCACUCGUUGCUCAUCAGUCUUACAGCAACAGAUAAUUGUAUGCCUGGUGAUCUCGAUCACUGCCUGCCGGACCUCAUGGCGAUCAUUAUGGACGACAUCUUCGGUAUUACAGGUCAAGAAAAGGACGCAGAAGAAUAUAAGAGCGGAAUGAAGGAGGUCAAGAGCAGCAAAAGCUAUGAUACCAUGGAGUUGCUUGCUAAACUAACGCAACUCAAUAAGCUUGGCGUAUUAGUCCAACCAUUACGGGCAUUGCUGGCGGAGAAGCUGGACUCCAGGAUGUCGAAGAAGGUCGACGAGCUGCUGAACCGUCUACGCAAGGGUGUGGACCAAAACCCGGCAGCUAGCAGCCGCGACCUUCUCGUAUUCUGUCAUGAGAUUGUGCGGCUUGUGUACGCCGAGCAAAAUCGUCCGGUAAUAGACCAGGUCAUGCCGGCUUACAAAGUUCGCAAGUACCUAGUGCAAGCGGAGUCCGCCAGAAAAUCUGGGGGGCGGGGCGCGACGACAUCGCAGAUGUACAAGCUCGUCAGCUUUGCCUUGAACCUGGUCCGGAAAGUCGUGCGGCGACAUGAGGACCUGCUUACGCCCGUGAACAUGGCUGGUUUCCUGUCUAUGGCUGGUGAUGCACUUGUGCAAGGGGAAGAAGAAGUCCGGCUUGCCGCGAUGAGACUGCUCGCUACGGUCAUCAAAGUACCGCUUGCACGGAUCGAUGGCGAUGCUCUUGUCUAUGUCAAAGAAGCCGUGGCGAUCAUCAAGGGUGCAUCGGACAUACACAGUGACUUUGCAAAGGCUGCCGUGGAGCUUGUCACUGCCGUGCUGCGGGAGAGGCGAUCUGUAACCGUAAAAGACACAGACGUUGCGGUAAUACUCAAGGCGCUGAAAGCCGAUAUUGAUGAGCCAGACCAACAAGGCACGAUUUACAAGUUUCUGCGCGCCGUAGUCGGUCGUAAAAUAAUCAUCACUGAGAUGUACGAGCUUAUGGACGAAGUCGGCAAAGUCAUGGUCACCAAUCCGGAUCGCAGCAUUCGGGAAAGCGCGCGGAGUGCGUAUCUGCAAUUCGUAAUGGAAUACCCGCAAGGCAAAGAUCGGUGGAAGAAGCAAACAGCAUUCUUGAUCGAGAAUCUGCGGUACCAACACGCCACGGGCCGGCAAAGUCUUUUGGAGCUGCUACAUCAGCUCCUUGCGAAGCUUUCGGAUGAGAGGCUCGAGCCUCUGGCCAUGACGCUGUUCGUGUCGCUGAUACCGGUCCGUGUCAGUGAUGGGGAUGUUGCUUGCCAGCAGAUGGCUGGACUGCUCAUCGCCAAAUUGUUCGAGCGCGCCGAAAAAGAGAGUCUAGAAAGCUUCUCAAGUUUGAUGACGAAAUGGUUGGACAACGAUGAGAAGCCCAUGCUGGCGGUUGCCGCCUUGCAAUGUUGGCAAACUUACCUGCAGGCGAGGCGGGAUGUGUCUACGGCACAGCUGGAGCAGCUGCGCGAUAGGCUCGCGGGCUUUCUCAAGAGCGAGGACAUUGAGGUCGGACCGCAGUUACUGCAGGCUGUUCUUGACACUGUCAGCACACUAGCCGACUCCGCCUCCAGCACCAUCUUCGCUGCUAAAUCUACCACGAUUUGGGAAAGCAUUACUGGACAAUGGCUGGAAGUCUCACAGACCGACAUCCAGCAACAAGCUUCGAAGCUACUGGAGAUCUACUUCGCGCAUUUUGCCCGCAGCAACAAAGACGCUGGCCUUUCCAGCAUACCGUUGAAAGGCUCCUACGGCUUGAGUUUGGAUGAAGACGGUCUUUGCUCCAUCUGCCGAACCUUGCUACAGGUUCUGCAUGGUUCCGAAGCCGAUAGUUUGCUGGAGUCCGUGACUCGCAACCUUGCCUUUGUUGGUCGCGUCCUCUCAGCCUCUGGUCUUACGUGGAAAGACAAUGGCGCCGCUGAUGGUGACUCUGGUGCUCCGUCGGCGCUUAGCUACCUACUCCGCCAGCUGUCCUUUAUCGUUCGCCAGGACCUGCCAGCCAAGAAUCGCAUCGCUGCCACUCAGUGCCUUGUCCUCAUCAUCAAACACCUUGACGAGAUUUCUGACGUCCAAACGCUCUUACGACCAUUAUACACACUUACCGACACGAGCGUAUCCUACGCGCAAGACCAGGCGCACGUUGAUCUCAUAGACAAGGCACGUGAGCUGCUCGACCUAGUCCAGUCAAAAGUCGGGAGUGAAAAGUACAUCUCAGCCUUGGGCGAGACGAGGAACGAAGCCACAGCUAGACGGGAUGAGCGACGGCAGAAAAGGAAGCUCGAAGCGGUGUCAGCGCCCGAACGAUGGGCCAGAGAGAAGAAACGGAAGCACGAUGCGCAGAAGGCACGGAAGAAGGUCAAAGGUGCUGAGAUGGCUGGCCGACGUAGAGGAUGGUAGUCGUACACCUCGCUAAGCAGAGUUCAUGCGAUACUUAAUGUACAUGAUUUCUAGGUAGCCUUUAGUUUUCUGCCUAUACUUACAUCCAGAUUCCCAAUCACCCAGCUAACGGCGAAAACGGCUACCAUCGCGGCGAAGAUCGUCAAUGGUUUCCGGAAGCGCGCCGUGAAAGGAUACUCGUAUGUAACGAUGAGCUCGCGGUCACGCAACUCGUCGACGACAUUGAGGGCGGUCAGGGUCAAGGUUGUGCGACCCACGGUGUCCAUGAAGGUACGGUAAGUGCCCGUGGUGUUCGCAACCAGCGGGAUGGCCGUCUCGAAAUGCACGUUG